GGAGGGGGAGGAGGAGAAGGAGGAGGAGAGAGGGAGACCGCGGGGUGCGGGCGCCCGGGAGUUCCCUCCUCUACAAGUAACGCGUCCCGGGGGCCGGCUGUGUCGUCGUCGCUGCCUCCUCCCGGCGCCCGGCGGCGUGUGAGCCGGAGGUGAAGGGAGAGGGCCCCCCCGCGGGCGUCCGCCGGCCUUGGCCGGCCACCUUCUCCCCCUCGCAGCGACCCGUGCCCGAGCGCGGCAGAUUUGAUAAUGGGCUGCAUUAAAAGUAAAGAAAACAAAAGUCCAACCAUUAAAUAUACACCGGAAAACCCUCCAGAGCCCGUAAACACAAGUGCCAAUCAUUAUGGAACAGAACAUACCACAGUUGCCCCGACCUCUUCCACAAAAGGAGCACCGGUCAAUUUUAACAGUCUUUCCAUGACACCAUUUGGAGGGUCCUCUGGGGUGACUCCUUUUGGAGGCACAUCUUCCUCAUUCUCAGUGGUGCCGAGUUCAUACCCUACAGGUUUAACAGGUGGUGUCACUAUAUUUGUGGCCUUAUAUGAUUAUGAAGCUAGAACUACAGAGGACCUUUCCUUUAAGAAGGGUGAAAGAUUUCAAAUAAUUAACAAUACGGAAGGAGACUGGUGGGAAGCAAGAUCAAUUGCUACCGGAAAGAAUGGUUAUAUCCCUAGCAAUUAUGUAGCACCUGCAGAUUCCAUUCAGGCAGAAGAAUGGUAUUUUGGCAAAAUGGGGAGAAAAGAUGCCGAAAGAUUACUCCUGAAUCCUGGGAAUCAGCGAGGUAUAUUCUUAGUAAGAGAAAGUGAAACCACUAAAGGUGCUUAUUCCCUCUCAAUUCGUGAUUGGGAUGAGGUAAGGGGUGAUAAUGUGAAGCACUACAAAAUCAGGAAACUUGACAAUGGCGGAUACUACAUCACAACCAGAGCUCAGUUUGAUACUCUGCAGAAACUGGUGAAGCACUACACAGAACAUGCUGAUGGUUUAUGCCACAAGUUAACAACUGUGUGUCCAACUGUGAAACCCCAGACUCAAGGUCUAGCAAAAGAUGCUUGGGAAAUUCCUCGAGAAUCUUUGCGACUAGAGGUUAAACUAGGUCAAGGAUGCUUUGGUGAAGUGUGGAUGGGAACAUGGAAUGGAACCACAAAAGUAGCAAUCAAAACACUAAAGCCAGGUACAAUGAUGCCAGAAUCUUUCCUUCAAGAAGCUCAGAUAAUGAAGAAAUUAAGACAUGAUAAACUUGUUCCGCUGUAUGCAGUUGUUUCUGAAGAGCCAAUUUAUAUUGUCACUGAGUUUAUGUCAAAAGGGAGCUUGUUAGAUUUCCUUAAAGAAGGAGAUGGAAAAUAUUUGAAGCUUCCACAGCUGGUUGAUAUGGCUGCUCAGAUUGCUGAUGGUAUGGCAUAUAUUGAAAGAAUGAACUACAUUCACCGAGAUCUCCGAGCUGCUAAUAUUCUUGUAGGAGAAAAUCUUGUAUGCAAAAUAGCAGAUUUUGGCUUAGCAAGAUUAAUUGAAGACAAUGAAUACACAGCAAGACAAGGUGCCAAAUUUCCAAUCAAGUGGACAGCUCCUGAGGCUGCACUGUACGGUCGGUUUACGAUAAAGUCAGAUGUGUGGUCAUUUGGGAUUCUGCAGACAGAGCUGGUGACAAAGGGGAGAGUGCCCUAUCCAGGUAUGGUAAACCGUGAAGUGCUGGAACAAGUGGAGCGAGGGUACAGGAUGCCUUGCCCUCAGGGCUGUCCAGAAUCCCUCCAUGAAUUGAUGAAUCAUUGUUGGAAGAAGGACCCUGAUGAGAGACCAACAUUUGAAUAUAUUCAGUCCUUCUUGGAAGACUACUUCACUGCUACAGAGCCACAGUACCAACCAGGAGAAAAUUUAUAAUCCAAGUAGCUGUGUGCACAGAUCUGCCAAACAUAAAGACCUUGUGUGAGAGUUUCAUGCACAGGAAUGAGAAGAUACUCUUCACUCUGCAUGUUUCUUGUGGUAAACUGGAAUUCCAGAUAUGGUUGCACGAAACCACUUUUCCCCUCCAAGUGUUAAACUCUAAAGUACCAAUGAUACAUCUUAUAACUUACUUCGGGGUCCAAAGAAAGCUAAGAUAUUGUGACUGUGGGUGAUAGCAUGGUAAGACAGAGCAACAGGACUACUAUUACUAGUCACUUCCUUUUCUUCCCCAAACUCAGAAGUGCUAAAAGAAAACUAUUUAUUGAUAUGGAUGAAACUUGGGCUGUUAUACCACUGUAAAAUCUAAAAUCAAAGAACGUCAUGGGACCAAAUGAUUCCAUUCCAGUUUUUAAAAAUCUCUUGCAUUUUUUUUUCCUCAAAAGUUAGGUUUCUGUUUUGCUUUUCUAUUUAACAGUUGGCAUGUAGUCUUAACACAGAUCUCCUUUUGUGUGGAAUGGGCCAAGUCUUCCAAAAGGAAAAAAAAAACAGCAUCAAAAACUUGAUUAAAUGUUAGACCGCAGCUGUGGAAUUUGGAAGCAUAAUACACUAUGUUCACAUUUAGUUCAUAGAACUGGAAAGUAGAAAAAUCGUUUUUUUACUUCAGUUAUUUCUUGAAUUGUUCAGCUUAGAAUAAUAAGAUAACCAAUUAAUCUUUUGCAAGAUUUUUUUUAAGGCAAUGUACAAUUGAAACUAUACUAUCCAGUCCAAGGGAAAAACCCAGCAUUUAAGCAGUCCAUUUUUAAAAAAUAGAUGGUGUACUGUGAGGUAUUGCUAGUAUGUUUUUAUGGUGAUGGGCUUCACAGUAGAAAACAUCACUAGAUCAGGGACUUGAAUGCACUUUGCUUGUAUUGAGUAUAGAAUAGGAGAGAGGAAAAUGUAUUUAAAUAAAUAUGAGAGAAGAAAAUGUGAAAGUUUUACAGGUAUUGGGAUAGGAUGGAAUGUUUAAUGUUGGUGUUGUGGAGUGACAACAUGGCUUUUCUGGCACUCAGAGCUCCUCAUUAGCUAUUUCUUAGACUUUAAAAGUUAUAAAGUAUGACUGUAAAAUUCAUUUUCUUAACAUAUACACUAAAUAAGUUUUACAUCCUCAAAAUAGUGAAGAUAAGGUUUAACACUAAUUUCAGUGGCCCAUUUUUAUACAGAACCUUUCUAGAACUCCAAUUUUCAAAUCUCUGAAACUUCACUUAUAUUUCAGAUAUACUUGAUGAUUAUCAUAUUUUCCUUUCAUAAUAUAAUUAAUUUGAGUAACAGUAAUUUAAAGAGGGAAGUUUUUGCCCAUUUAAAGUGCAUAGUAAAACAUUCAAAAUGAGAGCUUUUCAAACUCAGAAAUUAUGAAAUAUUAAUUUGAAUUGAGUAGUGUUAAUGGUUUAAGGGUCUAGCAAGGGAAAAACGGUGUCUGCUAAUAAAAUGAAAGUCUAAUAUUUAUGUUUUUAAUGCUGUGUUUUAUAGUUAUGCUUUAAAGCGUUUUAUCAAGUUGUCUUAUUUUCAGCAUAUAUUUUAAACUACCAUCAUUUUAAUCACGAAAAUUAAAGGUCUGUGCCAUGGUAAAUUAUGUUCAGAUUUAAACCUUUUUAAAUGUGACAAGUGAACUUCAUGCAAGUUGGCAAAAGUUCUGGUACUAAAAGUUGUUUGUUUUCUUUUUACUUAACCUAUUCAGUACUGAAUCCUCUGCCAAGAGGGUCUCCUGAGAAGAAUGUCGUCCUUAUUUGCCCUGAUGUCUACAGUUUAUGACAUGAGUGUUUUAAAGGGCUUCAUAUGAACUAUGGUAUUGUAGUUUUUCUAAGGAUUCUUUAAAGAGUAAUAAAAUUACGUUUAUGUACUAAUUCUGAUCAGAAAAAUAAGGCAGAAAAAGUUGAUGGCAUUCUUCAGAUUUUAAAUAAACUGAGUGGAGCAGUUCUUAUACUAACACUUGUAUAGUAAGGAUUCAACACUAACUUAAUGUAUAUUCAGUUUAAAUUGUUAUGUAUUUUUGAAUUGUCAAGAAAAACAGUUUUGUACAUUUGAAGAUUUUUUUUUCCAACAGCUUUCAUCUUUAUUGUCUUAACUUGGAACUUUAACCCUUACCAAAAAAGAAAAGUUGGCAAAAGUAGCCUUCUAUCACACUUUUUUAA